GCCUUAUUUCCAAAUGAAGUUUCUACUUGGUGCUAGCUGGUCCUUGCCAGUUGCCAUUUUAAAACUUCAGCUGCAUAUAAAUACAGCAACAGACGGAGCUCGAUAACUGAUAUUCACGCAAUCAUUUCACCUUUUCCCCAUUUUUUUCUCCCACACACAAACCAAAUCGGUUUUUGCUUCAUUCUUCUCUAAUUUUUUGGAUCUGUAGAAGAAGUAAAGAAGAGAUCAAGAAGGGAAAACAUGGUUGAGACCAGAAGAAGUUCUUCUUCCUCAAAGCGCUCGCUUUCUUCUCCCUCAUCUUCUCUUCAAAACAAUGGCAAGCGCUCUAAGGCGGUGGAAGCAUUGUCAUCGACUAAUGAUACCCUUGGGGAGAAAUCCCAGGGUGGGGUAAAUGAUUCAGGGCCGGAAUCUGCUGAGCAAGAGGUUCGAUCAGCUGAUCUUGCUGGUGCCAGUGUCUUGAAAUCAUCGGAUGAUGCCGCUGCUGCUGCGCCACAGAAAUCGAUGGAAACUGAAGGGGCAAACGAGCCUUUGGUAUCACCGAUGACUUUAGGUGAUUCUGCGAUUGAUGUGGAGAAAUCCAAGUCAAAUGGGUCUUCAUUGAACCGGGGAAAGAAGCGGCAGCUGAAAUCUAAUGUUGGUGCUGCAUGGGGUAAACUUCUUUCGCAGUGCUCUCAGAAUCCUCAUUUUGUCAUGCAUCAUCCAACGUGCACUGUAGGUCAAGGUCGUGGCAGUGACUUGUGGAUAGGAGAUUCAACUGUUAGUAAAACUUUAUGCAAUCUCAAGCACACUGAGACAGAGAAAGGGGUAUCCAUUACUCUUCUUGAAAUUACGGGGAAAAAAGGCGAUGUGCAAGUCAAUGGCAAGGUCUACCCAAAGAAUUCUACUGUUCCUCUCAAAGGAGGUGAUGAGGUUGUUUUUGGCUCAUCGUCUGGUCAACAUGCUUACAUCUUUGAUAACGACUUAUCUGCUACAAGUUUGGCUCAUCCUGUUAGCAUAUUGGAAGCUCAUAGUGGAUCAAUCAAGGGACUGCAUCUUGAGGCAAGGUCCGGGGAUCCCUCCACUGUAGCAGUUGCAUCGACCCUGGCAUCUUUGUCAAAUCUUCGGAAAGACUUGUCCCUUCUUCCACCAUCAUCUCAAAAUGGUAAGGAUGUAAAACAAGGUUCAGAGGUGCCAAUACUACCCGCUGCCAAUGGUCUGACAGAGAAAGAUGAUUUAGAUACUGAUAUGAAGGAUGCUUCUGAUGGUAAUGAUGAACCUGGUGUUUUGGUGGAUGAAAAGAAUGAUGUAAUAUCUCCUGGCGUUGAAAAUGGUAACUUGAAUCUUGAUAAUGUUGCACUAGAUUCAGUUGAUGCAGAGAUUGGUAAGGUGCGACCUCUCCUUCAAGUGCUUGCUGGAUCUUCUGCUUCUGAGUUUGAUUUGAGUGGUAGCAUUUCCAAAAUUUUCGAGGAGCAAAGGAAUUUCCGAGAACUAUUCAAGGAUUUUGAUCCUCCAACUUCUGCUUUAACUAGGCGCCAAACAUUUAAAAAUGCCUUACAGCAAGGAGUAGUUGAUUUCAACACUAUUGAUGUCACAUUUGACAAUUUUCCAUAUUAUUUAUGUGAAAACACAAAGAAUGUUCUGAUUGCUUCCACUUAUAUACACAUGAAGUGUAACGAGUUUGCAAAAUAUACAUCAGAUCUCCCCACAGUGUGCCCUAGGAUCUUGCUGUCAGGUCCAGCAGGUUCAGAAAUUUAUCAGGAGACAUUGGCCAAAGCACUUGCUAAAUACUUUGGUGCUAAGCUACUGAUAGUUGAUUCUCUCUUGCUGCCUGGUGGUUCAAUUGCCAAAGAUGUCGAGCCUGUCAAAGUAAGUUCAAAACCAGAGAGAGCUAGUGUAUUUGCUAAACGUGCUGCGCAAGCGGCAGCACUGCAUCUUAAUAAGAAGCCAGCUUCAAGUGUUGAGGCUGAUAUAACUGGUGGUUCAAUUUUAAGUUCUCAUGCUCAGCCCAAGCAGGAGGCAUCAACUGCGUCGUCAAAAACCUACACUUUCAAGAAAGGUGAUAGAGUGAAGUAUGUUGGAUCUUUAACAUCAGGCUUUUCUCCAUUGCAAGCACCUUUAAGGGGUCCAACAUAUGGUUACAGGGGCAGAGUGGUUCUUGCAUUUGAGGGAAAUGGGUCCUCUAAAAUUGGUGUCAGAUUUGAUAGAUCAAUUCCAGAUGGUAAUGAUCUUGGUGGUUUGUGCGAUGAAGAUCAUGGGUUCUUUUGUUCUGCUGACUUACUCCGUCUUGAUAGCUCAAGCACUGAUGAAAUUGAUAAACUUGCUAUCAGUGAACUCUUUGAGGUUGCUUCAAAAGAAAGUAAAAGUAGCCCUCUAGUUCUGUUCAUCAAAGACAUCGAGAAGUCUAUGGUGGGUAAUCCUGAGGCCUAUGCUGCUUUCAAGAUUAAGCUUGAGCAUUUGCCAGAGAAUGUUGUUGCUAUAGCUUCCCAUGCCCAGUCGGACAGCCGAAAGGAGAAAUCGCAUCCUGGUGGCUUGCUAUUUACAAAAUUUGGAAGUAACCAAACAGCAUUGCUUGACCUUGCCUUCCCAGAUAAUUUUGGUAGGUUGCAUGAUAGAAGCAAAGAAACCCCCAAGACAAUGAAGCAGCUCACGCGACUGUUUCCCAACAAAGUUACCAUACAGAUCCCUCAGGACGAAACCUUAUUAUCCGACUGGAAGCAAAAAUUAGAUCGGGAUAUGGAAACUAUGAAAUCUCAGUCAAACAUAGCAAGCAUUCGCAAUGUUUUGAAUCGAAUCAGAAUUAAUUGCGAUGACCUUGAAACUCUAUGCAUAAAAGAUCAAGCACUGACAAAUGAAAGUGUUGAAAAGAUAAUCGGCUGGGCUUUGAGUCAUCACUUUAUGCAUGAAUCUGAGUCUUCUAUGAAAGAGCCGAAGCUAGUUAUCUCCAGCGAAAGCAUUGCUUAUGGGCUCAAUAUGUUUCAAGGCAUUCAGGGUGAAACCAAGAGUUUAAAGAAAUCCCUCAAGGAUGUGGUUACUGAAAAUGAGUUCGAGAAGAAACUACUUGGGGACGUAAUUCCGCCUAGUGAUAUUGGUGUUACUUUUAAUGACAUUGGGGCCUUGGAAACUGUCAAGGAUACUCUAAAAGAACUGGUGAUGCUGCCUCUUCAGCGGCCAGAAUUGUUUUGUAAAGGACAGCUGACCAAGCCUUGCAAGGGAAUAUUGCUCUUUGGACCUCCAGGUACCGGUAAAACAAUGCUUGCAAAAGCUGUUGCUACUGAGGCUGGUGCAAACUUUAUCAACAUAUCAAUGUCAAGCAUUACAUCCAAGUGGUUCGGUGAAGGGGAGAAGUAUGUCAAAGCAGUCUUCACGUUAGCUAGUAAAAUAGCUCCUAGUGUUGUUUUCGUUGACGAGGUGGACAGUAUGUUGGGAAGACGAGAAAAUCCUGGAGAGCAUGAAGCUAUGCGGAAAAUGAAGAAUGAAUUCAUGGUUAAUUGGGAUGGUUUGCGUACGAAAGACAAGGAACGAGUUCUUGUACUUGCUGCAACAAAUAGACCCUUCGACCUUGAUGAAGCAGUUAUUAGGAGGCUUCCUCGGAGGUUAAUGGUAAACUUGCCAGAUUCUUCAAAUAGGGAGAAAAUAUUGGGAGUUAUAUUGGCGAAGGAAGAAUUAGCCCCAAAUGUGGAUGUAGAAGCUAUUGCUAAUAUGACGGAAGGGUAUUCAGGGAGUGAUUUGAAGAAUUUAUGUGUGAGCGCUGCGCAUUGCCCUAUUAGAGAAAUUUUGGAGAAGGAGAAGAAGGAGAAAACAUUGGCAAUUGCAGAGAAAAGGCCAACACCGGCAUUGCAUAGUAGUGCAGACAUUCGUCCUCUUAACAUGGAUGAUUUUAAGCAUGCACAUGAGCAGGUAUGUGCCAGUGUAUCAUCGGAAUCUUCAAAUAUGAAUGAGCUUCUCCAGUGGAAUGAUUUAUAUGGAGAAGGUGGAUCAAGAAAGAAAACAUCCCUCAGUUACUUCAUGUAGAGGAGAUAUAGCUAUAUAGCAAGCAUUGGUUCAUUAAUUUUCCUGUUCUGCAACCUGAGAUAGCAGCAUGACCGGCAUGCGUGGAUAAUCCAUUCCAGGUUCCCCAAAGUCCAAUUGGCCUUGGCCCUGACCCCCUUGUGUAUCAUACUUAGUUGAUAGGAGUUUCUUCAAUUGCAAGUCCUUUUAAGUCCCUCAAAUCUCGUCUCACCCAAUUUUCUCAUUUGUAGGUCUCUUUCUCUGUACAUAUGAGUUGAGUAAUUUAAGAAAAGCAUCAUCUCAUAUUCAAGCAUUAUCUCAUAUUCUUCUUCUAUA